AUGCCGUCCUUUGAGUUGCGAUACGCGCCGUACGUCUGGCGGCUAUUGAAUGGUGUCUUCGUUGUCCAUAAACCACAUAAUAAGACCGUUUUGGCCACUCGUCGGUCACUUCUCAAGAAACUAUGCGAUGAACUCAAUUCCAUGGAGUGUCGACCGCCGCGAGAGUUGGUCCACAUCUCUGGCCAACUGUCGAGCGGCGAGAGUCUGAAAGUGGAGACCAGACAGAGCUUUGCCGACGACCCGCUUGUUGUCGGCCAACGAUAUCAACCGCAAGACUUCUCGCUCUCAAUCGCCAAUAAUCCCGGUUUCUUCGCGUCCGGUGUUGUCGUCGUAUUCAUUGGCCGAAUGGCCAAAAGUGCCGCCGAUUUUCAAAAUGGACAGCAUUUGAGGUCCCUAUGGAGAGGAUAUAUAACGAGAAAACAUAUUCACGAAGAGAAUGCGAAGAUUGAGAAGGCUUUCCAACGGAUACUGACGUCCACAUCAUUGGCGACCGCAGACAUGCAGUUAGGGAACCGGACCUAUAAUGCGCUCCAAAAGCUUCUGGCAUACGAUUCGCUGUUAACAUUGGCUCACGAUUUGGAUGCUUUGGAUCGCACGACACGACUGUCACCCGAAUCGUGCGAAACGCUUGUUAUAUACGAUGCCAUUAGAAUUCUUCUUCAAAUACUGCAUGAAUCUAAUCGCAGCGAACCUCACAAACAGAUCAUCGCUCUCACUGUCAAUAUACUCCUCAAUAUUGCAAAAUAUGAGAAAACGUAUCCAAAUGUGGUAUCAAAUCCGCAAACGAUCGAAAUAUUAUUCAAAUUAAUCAAAAGCUUUGGUCGAAACGCUCCGAAACUGAUUUGCAAGUGUUUUACUCUAUUAUGGAUUCUAUUGGAUAACAACACUAUUUCUGCGAAUAUAAUGAAAGACAAACGCAAAAUGGAAGCGCUUAAACAGAUCAGCGAUUUCUACAAGAAAGACAAGGCUUUUAAGAAAUAUAAACUGAGAACUGAUUACAAGUUUUGUCCGAAUUGGCAAAUCGGCAGAAGAAAUAUCCACGAGUUUGACAAUCAUUUCAUUGCCAUUCAAGUGAUCGUUCGUCGCUUGAAAAUUGAUAAUUAA